AUGGGGGGUGAGACAACAGCCGACAAAGGCCUCUGCGAGAUCGUGGUAGAGCGAGAGAACCAAGAUCCGGUGACAAAGCUCGCUAAAAAGGAUUGGCAAACCCGAGAACACAGUGAAAUUACUGAAGCGUGUGUCGAAUCACUCGGCUUUUCCCUCUAUGACCAGAAUGGAGAGAAGCGGAAAUCGUUGCGACUCGUUUGGGGACCGAUUGAGAGGGCAAAGAGCCUAGAUGAUGAUUUCCUCAUUGUUCCGACGGGUGACCACGAAAUCGUUUUGGGCUUGGAGGCGUUUGACAGGUGGCAUUCAGCCUGCAACCCAGGAAGCUAUCCGGGAUUCAUGAAGAAAGUGCCAAAGGAAAUACUGGCGCGAAGAGAAAGCGAGAACAAGAUCCGGCAUGAACAGGAGAUUAGGGCCGAGGUGAAGGAAUGGCGUGAACUUCUGCAGAAAGAUCGGUCGAGCCCGUCGACUCAGGCGACCCAAGCACCUGCGUCUCGCCUCUGA